CCAGUCCACCGGAUGUGUGAGCGGCAAAGAGCUGUGGGCGAAGAGAAACAAGCGGGUGAGGUUUCGAAAGUAAAGGAAUUACAGCCAAAAACCCGGCAAAAACGCCUCUGCAGUGCGUCUGUGGUAUAAAUAAGUACUCAUGAUUUCCGAAAACUACACUAAUACUGUAUCUACGAGCGUGGUAACUACGGCAAAAGAAGCAAACUUGGCCACGCACCUUACGAAGCGUGCGUCCGAAGUCGAACUCCAUGGGAUAAAAUGCAACUUGACCGACGAUUUUGGUCUGUUUAUCCAAGGAAUCCUAGCUCUAGUCGCAUUCAGUACAUUACUAUUAAAACGCUACAGAGAACCAGUAUGUGAAAGAAGGACAUUUAGAAUAUGGUUUUAUGACACAUCAAAGCAAGGUGUUGGGGCCGUUGUAAUUCACUUUGCUAAUGUCUUCCUUGCUGGGAUGUUUAGUGGAGAUCCUUGCACAUGGUAUUUCAUUAACUUUUUGCUGGACUCUACGGCUGGGCUAGUCAUCAUCUAUAUCUUAAUCUCACUGACUCAAGUAGUUGUCAAGCUCUACAGUAUAGACAAUCUCCGAUUCGGAGAAUAUGGGACCCCUCCCCAGUGUAGUGCCUGGAUCGGGCAGUGUGUUCUCUACACCCUGGUAGUCAUCUUUGAGAAGAUCACAAUAGCGCUCAUAGUACAGCUACAGUUCUGGGAGAGUGUGCGAGAGUUCAUCCUCAAACCCCUAAAGGGACACCCCAAGAUGGAAGUGGCAAUUGUUAUGUUGAUUGUACCCUUCAUAUUCAAUGCAUUUAUGUUUUGGGUCGUUGACAACUUCCUUAUGAGGAAGAAACGCAAGUCGUUACAAGAAAGUGACUCUAAUAUGAAAGUGAAGCACCUUCGCCGACCAGAGCUUGUCAAGUCUACGGAGGAGGAGGCCGUGUUACUGGAUAAUAUUAUUGACAAUGAUGAAGACAUCGAAGAGGGAAUACACAGACGGGAAAUAGUCAGAUAGCAACAAGGAUAUACAUAGAUUAGUAAUUUGUAAAUGUUUGCCACAGUUUUGAUAAAUACUUUUUUUAUUGUGGAGAGGAGAUUAAAUACUCCCAAAAUAUACACAUUUCGAUUUUAGAUAUUAUAGACUACCUGUGUCUUCUGUUGCACAAGCCAUUUAGUUAGCAGAGUUAGCAGAACGAGGCAUUAACACAAUGGAACGAAAUUAUGUGACAGGAUAUUCCGAUGUAAGCUGUAGGAAAAAGUACCUUUUAGGCACAUAUACAUCUUAAUUACGUCGUGUUAUCCAUGAGCCGUAUUCAAGGUGAAGCAAGGGGCAACCCCAGUCUUGGUGUAUUUUUAAUGAACAGUUGAACACGGCUUAUUGAUAAUACGGCGUUUGAGCCUGCCCUUUUAUAGCUGGUUGAUCGUUCAAUAAAAGAGAAGUCGAAA